CGACCAGUAAGCAGCUGCUGGCUAUCCCCUCUCUUUACCCCUUGAACCCUAACCACAAAAAUCAAAUAUUUCCACGUUUCGUCCCCUCGCUCCCACAAAUCUCAAUCCUUCAAAUUCAUUAGUAGCAAUAUAGCAUGCCUUUCUCUUCGAUUUUGAUUCACAACUCGUUAAAACUGAACCUCAGAGCCAUGUCUAGUACCAGUUUCUCCCAUAUAAACACUCUAAAAUUGAACCGGGCUUUUCAUAAUUUGUACCCACAAAAUUAUGCUAAUGUUCCUAUUCGAUUUAGGGGGUUUUGUUUUACUUGCUAUGCUUCGGGGCCUUCUUCUUCUGUUGUAUUGAGGCGUAGUAGAAAUGGCGCUUCUUCUUCUUCUUCUCUGCCAUUUUUAUAUCAGCGGAAUUUGGGCUAUGGUAGGUUCGCAUACGAUGAGUAUGCGUCUGAGGAGGAGUCUGAUAGCGAACCCGAAUCAUCUUCUAAGCAGUUGGAUGCUUCAACCCUUGAUAAUAUUGAAGAGUGGAGGUGGAAGCUGACCAUGCUAAUGCGCAAUAAAGAUUCACAAGAAGUCGUGACACGGGAGAAAAAGGACAGGCGUGAUUUUGGGCAGCUUUCUGCACUGGCAACCAGAAUUGGUUUGCACAGCCAGCAGUAUGGAAAGUGCGUUGUUUUCAGUAAAGUCCCACUGCCAAAUUAUAGAUCAGAUUUGGAUGACAAGCGUCCACAGAGGGAGGUGGUGUUACCAUUUGGGUUGCAAAGGCAGGUAGAUUCUCGUCUCAGAGCACACAUUUCUAAAAAGCCUAUGAACAAGGAGAACUUUCCUCAUGAUGCCGUCUCAAGAUUAGGUGCUGGUGAAAAUCUUUUGAAUGAUGGAAUUUGUGAGCAUGAGGAGCCUUCGCCUCGAAGUGUCGUAGCAGAGAGAAUUCUUACACGAAGGAGCGUGCAAAUGCGCAGUAAACAACAAGAUUGGGAGGAAUCUGCCGAAGGCCUAAAGAUGCAAGAAUUUCGGAAAAGCCUUCCUGCAUAUAAAGAGAGAGAUGCAUUAUUGAGUGUUAUUUCUGAAAAUCAGGUGGUGGUUGUCUCUGGUGAAACUGGUUGUGGUAAAACUACACAGCUGCCUCAAUACAUUUUAGAGUCAGCAAUUGAAAACACUCAAGGAGCUGCAUGCAGCAUUAUCUGCACCCAACCUAGACGAAUAUCUGCUAUGGCAGUUGCUGAGAGAGUUGCUGCUGAGCGUGGUGAGAAAAUAGGAGAAUCUGUUGGUUAUAAAGUGCGGUUAGAGGGAAUGAAAGGGAGGGAUACCCGCCUCCUGUUUUGUACUACUGGGAUCCUUUUAAGGAGAUUACUAGUUGACAGAAGUUUGAAAGGUGUAACUCAUGUAAUAGUAGAUGAGAUUCAUGAACGUGGAAUGAAUGAAGACUUCCUAUUAAUUGUCCUGAAAGAUCUCCUUCCUCGUCGACCUGAAUUGAGAUUGAUUUUGAUGAGUGCAACACUUAAUGCUGAGCUUUUCUCUUCCUAUUUUGGUGGUGCUCCAAUGAUCCACAUCCCAGGUUUUACAUACCCAGUUCGAUGUCAUUUUUUGGAAAAUAUUCUAGAGAUGACCGGGUACAGGUUAACGCCUUAUAAUCAAAUUGAUAAUUAUGGUCAAGACAAGAUGUGGAAAAUGCAGAAGCAGGGUCUCAGAAAAAGGAAAACUCAAAUUGCUUCAUCUGUUGAGGAUGCUCUUAUGGCUGCUAAUUUUAAGGAGUACGAUCACCGUACGCGUGAGUCACUAUCUUGUUGGAAUCCUGAUUCAAUUGGCUUCAACCUCAUUGAGCAUGUGCUUUGCCAUAUAUGUCGCAACGAAAGGCCUGGGGCUGUGCUAGUAUUUAUGACUGGUUGGGAUGACAUAAAUUCUUUGAAGGAUCAGCUUCAAGCUCAUCCAUUAUUGGGAGAUCCAACCAGAGUUCUGCUGCUAGCAUGCCAUGGUUCAAUGGCCAGCACAGAACAGAAAUUGAUUUUCGAUAAGCCUGAAGAUGGAGUCAGGAAGAUCGUUCUGGCUACAAACAUGGCUGAAACAAGUAUCACCAUUAAUGAUGUGGUUUUCGUGGUUGACUGUGGAAAAGCAAAAGAGACUUCUUAUGAUGCCCUUAAUAACACUCCAUGUUUGCUUCCUACCUGGAUUUCAAAGGCCUCUGUUCGCCAAAGGAAAGGCAGGGCAGGCCGUGUUCAACCAGGCGAGUGUUACCAUCUUUAUCCUAGAUGUGUACAUGAUGCCUUUGCAGAUUAUCAAUUGCCAGAACUUUUGAGAACUCCUUUACAAUCUCUAUGUUUGCAAAUCAAGAGUCUACAACUUGGUAGCAUUUCGGACUUCCUAUCUAAGGCCCUACAGCCACCCGAGCUGUUAUCAGUUCAAAAUGCUGUUGAGUAUUUGAAGAUAAUUGGGGCUUUAGAUGAAAAUGAAAAUCUAACAGUGCUAGGGCGCAACUUGUCCAUGCUUCCUGUUGAACCAAAACUUGGAAAAAUGCUCAUAUUAGGAGCUAUUUUCAGCUGCUUGGAUCCAGUAAUGACCAUUGUUGCUGGUCUCAGUGUCAGAGAUCCAUUCUUGGCACCAUUUGACAAGAAGGACCUUGCCGAUUCUGCAAAGGCCCAGUUUUCUGCACGUGACUUCAGUGACCAUCUUGCUUUGCUUCGGGCUUAUGAGGGUUGGAAAGAUGCUGAAAGUCAUCGUUCUGGUUAUGAAUACUGUUGGAAAAAUUUCCUUUCUGCACAAACUCUGAAAGCCAUUGACUCCCUUAAAAAGCAGUUCUCUUAUCUGCUCAAGGACAUUGGGUUGGUUGAUAAUAUGGAAAGUUGCAACACAUCGAGUCAUGAUGAGCAUCUCAUUCGGGCAAUUGUGUGCGCUGGUCUAUUUCCUGGAGUAUGCUCUGUUGUGAACAAGGAGAAGUCAAUAUCAUUGAAAACAAUGGAGGAUGGUGGAGUACUUUUGUAUUCGAACUCUGUGAACGCCCAAGAACCUAAAAUUCCUUAUCCGUGGCUUGUUUUCAAUGAAAAAGUGAAAGUAAAUUCAGUAUUCCUCCGUGAUUCUACUGGCGUAUCUGAUUCUGUGGUUCUCUUAUUUGGAGGAAAUAUUUCCAGAGGUGGACUAGAUGGCCACUUGAAAAUGCUGGACGGAUAUUUGGAAUUUUUUAUGAAGCCUGAUUUGGCAGCAACUUAUCUAACUCUAAAGAAAGAGCUUGACGAACUCGUACAGAAGAAGCUUUUAAAUCCGAAAUUGGACGUACGGAGUCAGGAUGAACUCCUAACGGCUGUGAGAUUGUUGGUCUCAGAGGACCAAUGCGAAGGUAGAUUUGUAUAUGGACGACAGGUGUCAGCGACCUCUAAAAAGACGAAAAAAGAUAUUUCUUUGACAAAUGAUGGUGCUGGUGAUAAUUCAAAAUCCCGCCUCCAAACCUUGCUUGCACGGGCAGGACAUCAAUCACCUACUUACAAAACAGCACAGCUGAAGAACAACAAGUUCAGAUCCACCGUCAUAUUUAAUGGAUUAGAUUUUGCAGGCCGGGCUUGCAGUAGUAAGAAAGAAGCAGAAAAAGAUGCAGCUGCAGAGGCUCUGCAAUGGCUGACAGGCGAGAGUCAAUCAUCCCAAAAAACCGUCGACUACAUGUCUGCCAUUCUGAAGAAGAGCAAGAAGAAACAGCAAACUCCUGCUGCAAGGUGGAGGUAAUUGCAUAUAGGCAUUAUAUUUUGAUCAAGAAUAUCAAUAUACUUAAUAAUCAUUGCAAGUGGCCGACUGAUUCUGCUCGAGAUGAAAUCUCAGAAAAUUGUCCAACUUCAUUCCUACAAUUUUAACCCUCAGUUUUGGAGUAAAAAUGACAUUUUAGGAGGCAGAAACUUGAUUGAGUAUAUGGUUGGAAUGAUACGACACAGACUUGUUCUUCAGAUAUGUAGUAACAUAAAAGUGAACUACUUAAGCUUAGCCAAACAUGCCCUCGAGGAUGAGGUCGCUACGAUCGCGUGUGUAGUGUUAUGGGAAAAGCAUUGCUACGGUAAGCUGGUAUUUUAAAAUGCCAUAACAAGAUUCCUUCAUUCUUUGGAGGCCAUAAAAGUCCUGGCCACCUGCUCGAAUAUGCAUCAGGUCUACGAUUUGGAUCAGUCCAGAUCAACACAAGUGCACAUCCUAUACAUCUUUGAUACGAAAGAUACCUAAUUAGGAAUCCGUUUCAUAUUUUCCUCAUCCCUAGAGUAGACUUGGUCUCUUUAUGUGCCGUUAGAUUUUGCGCGUAAUUUAAGAUUGAGUUAAGGUAGAUAUGCAGGAGCGUGCUUCAAACGGGGACUGAGUGGGCUUAGGGUGGAUUUUCAGGCUUGAUUAUGGGUUAUAUAGGGUUUUUUUGUAUUUGUCUUUCUUGGGCAAAGUGGUGACAAUAUUUGUAAAUUAAGAAACAGGAAUGAAGCAUAUACAGUGAUAAUAGUAGUGUCAUUCUCUACAGCUGCUGUAAUGUUUCAAGGCAAGUGCAUGUUUGCCUGAACUGAAACUUCGUUCUUUUACGUAAGUUUGCUUAUAAGUAAA